GUUCUCGCUCUGGUUUCCGCCGAGAAAACAGGGGUGUCCAGGGCGGAAGUACUUGAGGUGUGUGGGCGGGGCUAAGUGCAAUUAUGUCGGCGGCCUUGCUGCGGCGGGGCUUGGAGCUUUUGGGGGUUCCCGAAGCCCCCGAGGCCGCGCCAGGCCAGACUAAGCCUAGCCAGGCUCCAAAGAAACGGACCCGGAAGGCAAAGGCGACCCAGGCCCAGAAACUGCGGAACUCGGCCAAGGGAAAGGUUCCCAAGUCGGCGCUGGCCGAGUUCCAGAAGCGAGAGCACCAAGGGUACCUUGGAGUGAACCUGAGGUUUAUGACCAGCGCAAGAAGCACAGUGUCUGAAUCCGUCACCAGGCAGAUUGUGCGUCAGAACCGGGGCCGCAAGGCCUGUGACCGGCCUGUAACCAAGAAGAAGAAGAAGAAGGCCGAGGGCACGGUGUUCACCGAGGAAGACUUCCAGAAGUUCCAGCAGGAGUACUUCGGCAGCUAGGCUCCCAGAGGGCCCGCCUUUCUCCCCUCACCACAGCCUCUGCGGCUCAGGGCCUGCAGGGGAGGCGGGAGCGGCAGGGCUGGAGCUGGCCUUGACCUGUGCCCACACCCCAACAUUGCUCCGGAGGGUCACCUCCUUGCUGGGAAGGAACAUUCCUGACUGUUCUGUUUGCUUUGGCCCAAGGAGGGCCUCUGGGCUGUUUGCCGUGGAGGGCCCGUCCCUGGGCCCGCAGGGACCACAUCUCUGCCAGGAGGCGGGCUAGAUGGGCUUCCGGCUUCUAAUAAAUGUGGCCCAGCGGCUGUGAGCGCUGCCCUGACCUACA